UCUCUUACUUACGUAUAUCUUUCCGGGGCUAUUCAAGGAUCAACUCUAAAGGUCGAAAAUCGAAUGGAAAAUCUACUUCGUCUUUCGUUUUUGAAAAUCAAUGGGAGGUGUGACUUUUCAUUUCUCAAGAUGUUCCCAAAUCUCGAAUCUUUGUUGAUCGGGGACUUCGCACAAAUCGAUGAUUGUACAUUUAGCAACAUUGGAGAAUCCACAAUUACCGAACUGGCAUUGGUUAGAACUCAAAACAUUACCGACAAAGGAUUGAUUAUUUUAUCUUCAAUGCCGUCCUUGGUGAAAUUCUCUAUCAAAGAUAGACUUCACGAUGUGACUCAGAGUGGAUGGUUGUCAUUUGCAAAGCGUAUAGAGGGAUGCCCCUCGUGGGUAGAAUUAUCGAUCGAUGAUGGUCGCCAAAUUAAUUCAAAAUUCUUCGAGAUAUUAGAUCGGGAACAUCCGAAGUUAGAGGCACUUAAUGUUAAGGGAUUGAACAUAAAUUUAAAUUCCGAGGAAAUAAUGCAAACCUUGAAAUUUAGAAAAUCUUCCGAGUAUUACAAAGACAAAACGCAAUUACACUGGCCGAUCAGAUACAAACUACCUUCUUAUGUUCAAAGAAAUGUUUUCAAGAAUGAUUACUACCACGCUUACACCAACAGUUAG